UGGGAGAAGCUGCUUGGGAGCUUCUGAUGCAACGACUACAUCUUUAGUCUAGGAUAGUUGUUUGUUUCUUGUGUUGGAUGACCCAAGUUAGUUGAGCGUGCCCACAUUUCUGUUUCAUGGUAACGGACACAGUACCUGCUGAAGGCUGGCGGAGACAAUGUGGUGUAGCUAGUUCUUUUUCAUUGCGUUGGAAUCAGGUGUAACAGACGAAGCCGAGUUUCUGUGAAGGCCAUCAGCAACAACUUCGUCCUUUUUGUUGUUUGACAUCAAACCCUCAAACUGGCUGACAUGGACGAACAAAGUGUUGAGAGCAUUGCUGAGGUGUUUCGGUGUUUCAUCUGCAUGGAGAAACUGAGGGAUGCUCGUCUUUGCCCACACUGCUCCAAACUCUGCUGCUUCAGCUGCAUACGGCGCUGGUUAACAGAGCAAAGAGCCCAGUGUCCACAUUGUCGGGCUCCACUUCAGCUCAGGGAACUGGUCAACUGUCGCUGGGCAGAGGAGGUCACCCAGCAGCUGGACACCCUGCAGCUCUGCAGCCUCUCCAAACAUGAUGACAAUGACAAAGACAAGUGUGAGAACCACCAUGAGAAGCUAAGUGUUUUCUGUUGGACAUGCAAGAAGUGCAUCUGCCACCAGUGUGCUCUGUGGGGAGGCAUGCAUGGAGGCCACACCUUCAAGCCCCUUGUGGAGAUCUACGAGCAGCAUGUGACCAAAGUAAAGGAAGAGGUGGCCAAGCUCCGCCGCCGCCUCAUGGAGCUCAUCAGUCUCGUUCAGGAAGUGGAGCGGAACGUGGAGGCUGUCAGAGGAGCAAAGGAUGAGAGGGUUAGAGAGAUUCGAAACGCAGUUGAAAUGAUGAUCGCUCGUUUAGACAACCAGCUUAAGAAUAAACUCAUCACCCUCAUGGGCCAGAAGACGUCCUUAACUCAGGAGACAGAGCUGCUGGAGUCUCUCCUACAGGAGGUGGAGCAUCAGCUUCACUCUUGCAGCAAGAGUGAAUUAAUCUCCAAGAGUCCAGAGAUCUUGCUCAUGUUCCAGCAGGUCCAUCGAAAACCCAUGCAGUCCUUUGUCACUACGCCAGUCCCUCCAGACUUCACCAGUGAACUGGUCCCUGCCUAUGAUUCCAGCACUUUUGUUCUGGUCAACUUCAGCACGUUGAGGCAGCGGGCUGACCCAGUUUAUAGUCCACCUCUUCAGAUAUCUGGUCUCUGUUGGAGACUCAAAGUUUACCCAGAUGGAAAUGGUGUAGUUCGGGGAAACUACCUGUCUGUGUUCCUGGAAUUGUCUGCUGGACUCCCUGAAACAUCAAAGUAUGAGUACCGUGUGGAAAUGGUCCAUCAGGCUUCCAGUGAUCCAACCAAAAACAUCAUUCGGGAAUUUGCUUCUGAUUUUGAAGUUGGUGAAUGCUGGGGCUACAAUCGCUUUUUCCGGUUGGACCUGCUGGCCAGUGAAGGAUACCUGAACAUGCAGACAGACACAUUGGUUCUCCGUUACCAGGUUCGCUCCCCCACCUUCUUCCAGAAGUGUAGAGACCAGUACUGGUACAUCAGCCAGCUGGAGUCAGCCCAGAGCGGUUACAUCCAGCAGAUCAACAACCUCAAAGAGAGGCUGGCCAUUGAGUUGUUUCGGCGUCAGACAUCUCGUAGCUCUUCCCCUCCUGACAUGAGACUGGCUGCAGACACAGCUGCCUCAGAAAGAGACCAUCAUUCAGUGAAGAGUAAUGACAACAGUCAGACCACACUGACCAGUACCAAAAAAAGCGAUGAAGCAGAGAGGACCCAGCAUGACGACUCGAAUGAGUUGUCAGAUGGUGACUUGGAGGUAGACUGUUUGACAGAGGAGGAAGUGAACCCACUGGACGGCAGCAGCACCUCAGGGAGCUCCACAGCCACCAGCAACACUGAGGAGAAUGACAUCGAUGAAGAGACCAUGUCAGGAGAGAAUGAUAUUGACUUUGUUGGGAACCUUGAAACGGAAGAAGGAGAGCUCCCUGAUGACUUGGUUGGAGCCACAGGUGGCGCCAGCUCUGGUGUAUGCUCUUUGAAUCGCAGCUCUGCUGGUCGAAGUACCAGUUCUAGCAGUGCUGCUGCUGCUGCUGCUGCUGCUGCUUGUGCUGUUGGACCAGGCAGUAACAACCUUCUGGAGAUAGAUCCUGUGAUCUUGAUCCAGCUGCUAGACUUAAAGGAACACAGUGGUGUGGAGUCGCUGUGGGGCCUUCAGCCUCGCCCUCCUUUAUCCCUCCUGCACAGCCAAGCCCAUCCUCAUUCCAGAAAGGACCGUGAACGGCGCCCGCAGCUGGUGCGUCGAUCAGCCCCAGACUCAGGUGUCCUUAUUCGCCUCAAGGCACAGAUGGCCGAGGUCCGCAGCAAGAUGUCUGAUGUCAAGAGUCACAUGCUAGAAGCCCGGACACCAGGAGAGCCCAGGCCUGGCCCAUCAGGGGCCUUCAGCGCUGAGGAGCUGCCCUUUCACCAUCCUGAUUCUGAGCUGGAAGGCUGUCGGAAACCUGGAGAGCUGGAGCUGCUGGGGAGAACAUCAGCACGUGGCCGGCCCUGCCGUUCUGAUACUGGAUUGUCAAAUUUUUCUGUGUGUUGUGCAGCCAGGAAGUGUCUGUCUCCUGUUCUGGACGGCAGCAGCUCUCUGAGUGUGAAGAGGAGGAGUGGUGAAGAGAUGAAUGAGUUGAGGGGAGCAGAGGCAGCCACAGAGAUCAGUCUGCAUCCUAAAGAUACUCCAGGAGCUGCAGAGGGACUACUGAAGGUUGAUGGCAUCCAAAGGCCCCUUGUGUCCCAUGGCAGCCCUUCAUUAGAGCAGGCCUCCACCUCCAAGCAACAGUACUCAAUGGAGCAGCAGCUGUACGGGGGCUCAGGGUCCAGAGAUGAAGUCUUCUCUUUGGGGGGUCCCAGCUAUGUCACGGGCAGCAAAAACAACUGCAGCAGCAGUACUACCUUGGGGGCCAUGCUGGAAUGUGAGGCUCAAAGUUCUGGAAACUCUCAGUCUUUAGUGGAGGGACUUUCUGCACAGCUAAAUGAAGACCCAACCCCGUCUAUCCUGGUGGCAGCAACAAGCAGUGACAGUGAUACUGAAGAUGAGGCUCUGCAGAGCAGCAACUCCUGCUACGACAACCACACUGUUCCCUGCACAGGUGAGCAGCUGCUGUCUGAUGACAUAAGUCUGUCAACUGACAGGUGACUCCACUGAACCCACCACACCUGGAACAGUGCUGCAUUAAUGGCCAGUGACAGCACAGACAUUUUUGAAAUUCUGAAAAACAAAAUAAAGACAACACCUGAAUUUCAGGAUGAACCACAUUAUGUCUACCAGCUCAAUGAAACUGCUUUUUCAGUAGAACUAGCAACAGCAGCGUACUUGUUAAUUUUUAAGAAAUGUCAGCUUUUUCACCUCUAAAAAUGUUUCCACAGUCAUUGACUAUAAUGGCUGCAUGUCGAUACUUACGCAUUACUUUGAAUUCUUUUUUCAGUCCUACGAGUUUCAACAAGUUCAUCUACAGUCAAUGAAAAAGUGGAAUACAUUUAAUUUUGAAUCUGCAGCUUGGACCAUUACAUUAUCCUAUAUUUUCAAGCAUUUAGUUACUUUAACUGAGAACUUUCUAAGUCUAAUAAUACUCUAUAUACUUAAAGGAAUGUGGAGACGUAAGCUGUCUAGAGCUGUUGAUGUUCUUUUGAGUCUGUCUGGGCUUUGAACUGUGUGCUGACUCAACUUUUAUGCUUUUUUCUUGCACUUCACUAUGUCACCGCUAAGGAUGUCACAUUGCAUGUGCACAUAUGUUGGAGUCAGUUUUGUUUUUCAGAGUAAACCCUUAAGUUUGCUCCUCAGUUCAUUGUCGGUCUUCUACUGUUAAGGUGUUAGCUUAUCUAUUAGAAAAAAUGAAAAGCCCUGAUCACAAAAGACUCAACACAAACUUCACAUUAGCCUGUGCAAAUCUUUCAUUAAAGGGUUACUAAACCCAAAAGCAUUAUAACUCUCAUUUUUUGUGGUAUUUAAUGCUCUAAUGCUGUUACUGGCUUUUCUUCCUUUACACUGGAAGUAAAUUGAAUAUGUUUUAUGAAAUACACUGUAUGGAUACAACAGAGCAAAACGGUUUUUAUUUCACUUCUUUGGGAACACAGAGGCAAAGGUUAAAUCAGUGCAAUGAGGUAACAUUCUCCACUAAUGUGAGUUCCUUUUGCCUUAACUGUAGAGUUUAUUUCAAACAUUUGGAGUCGUAGUGAUCACACAUCAGCGGCCUGAGUUUAAAGGAAUUAUUGUUUAAGUGUUGUGUUUAAGUUUGAGAAACAUUGUCACAUUCUCUGCACUUUGGAAGACUGAUAAACAUCUCUUCACUAAGUGCUAACCACUCACCUUUUAGACAAAGGACAGGACCAUUAUUGUUUGCAGUCCUCUGUUUAUAGCACAUAUAGGUGCAUAUGAAGUUGCCACAUAGACAUGACCUGCUGUACAUGUGCAUGACUUUACUGACUGGUUCAGGAAGGAUGGACAUUGUGUAAAACUGCUUUAUGAGCAUUACACACACAAACACAAACUAACUUGAGUCAGGUUGAAUACUGGAUAUGUGAGAGUCCAGUUGAUUAUUGAACUGAAUUGUACUUUAAUCUUUAUGCAUGAUCAGAAUGGAAACAAAACAUAGUCACUGAGUAACACUUUAUGCUCUUUAUCUUUGUUUUGAUAAAAACCUGCUUUCAUUGCAAAUGUUCCCUGAAUGCACUCUGUAAUGUUAAAUGUAUACAUCUUUUGUCAAUUAAAUAAAUUUUAUGAUCGCUAAA